UUACUUAUACGAAAAAAAAAACAAAUCAGAUGGUUGCACAGACGAUGGUAUGUUAGGCCAAUUAAACAAAAGAGAUCAAUUUGGAGAUUAUAAUUGUUUAUUCCAAGAACUUAAGAAUGAUGAAAAAAUGUUUUACCGCUACACAAGAAUGACAACUGAACAUUUGAACAAGCUUACAGAAUUAACGACACCGUAUUUAAAAAAAAUAAAUAAACAUGCUCUUAUUCCGGAACAUAGACUUAUAAUAGCUUUAAGAUAUCUUGCUAUAGGCGAUUUACCGUUAUCCAUAGCUGUAGCUUUUAGAGUUGGCGAAUCUACAGUCAGGAAAAUAAUAAAGGAAGUUUGUUUAGUGUUAAUUAAAGUUUUACAACUUCUAUAUUUUGUUUGUCCUAAUGAUGAAGAUUGGAAAAAAUGUGCUGAUGGUUUCUGGAAACGUUGGAAUCUUCCUAAUUGUGUUGGAUCGAUAGAUGGGAAGCACAUAAGAUUACGAUGUCCUCCAAAUUCCGGAACUUUAUUUUACAAUUAUAAAAAAUAUUACAGCAUAGUAUUAAUGGCAGUAGCAGAUUCUAUAUACAGAUUUACACUAGUUGAUGUAGGAGCCUACGGAGGAGACAGCGAUGGAGGAAUUUUUAAUGAUUCUCAAAUAGGAAUUAAUUUGAACAAUGAACAAUUAAAUCUGCCAAAAGAAAUUGUUAAUCUUCCUGAUACCAAUAUAAAAACAUUCCUAUAUUUUAUUGGUGAUGAUACUUUCAGACUGUCGAAUAGAAUAAUGAAACCCUAUUCUGGUAAAAACUUAACCGAUAUACAGCAAAUCUGUAAUUAUAGAUUUUCAAGAGCACGCAGAACUGUCGAAAACGCUUUUGGUAUUUUUGCCAACAAAUGGAGAAUAUUUCAUACAUCUAUUUGUAUGCUGCCAGAAACUGUAAACAUAAUUCUUACAGCUUCAGUUUGUUUACAUAAUUAUGUGUUAAAAGAAGAGCAACACAAUGAAUAUAAAUAUUACAGUCAAGAGAUAAUUCGAGAAAAUGAUAAUACAAUGUGGCUGUCAUCAAGUGGUGUCGAAGAAUGUAGUGGUAACGUAAGGGAUGGUCAAGCUCAAAGGGAUAAACUAUGUGAAUAUUUUGUUUCUUCAGCUGGAAGACUGGAAUGGCAAUAUGACUAUAUUCAUAGACUAUAUUCAUUUAUUUUUGAAUUUAAUUUAUAUUCUUUCCGUUUCUAAUUAUCACCGUUUUAUGUCUCUACGAACCGUGUUACUUAAUGCUCUAAUCUUCGUUAAUUAAAUUGCGCUGAAGAUGACUUGAAGACAAGUCGAAACGUCCGCACACACCUUUUAUUCUUAUAU